CGUGCGCGGGGUCGGGGGUCGGGACUGGCGCUGUCUCUGCCCCGGGGCUGCUGCCGCGCGCGAGGUUCGUUCCGCGGCAGCCGCGUCGCGUCGAGGACGCUGCUGGGAGCUCCCCUUCCCUGUCCCUGCUUGAGGCACGAUACAGCCCGCCGGGUGCUUCCCGCCGUCGCUCUCCUUAGACGUGCCUGUGUCCCUGCCGCGGGAUGAAGAGGAUCUUCGGGUUCGGGAGGAAGAAGAAGGGGCAGCCGCCGCCCGGCAGCGCCUCCCUUCCCUGCCCCGCCGGUGCCUACGAGCUUCGGCAGAAGGACCUGGGCAAGCUACACCGCGCGGCCGCCAGCGGCGACCUGGCCCAGGUGCGGCAGGGACUGAGGAAAUACGGCAUCGACGGUCGGGACAAGGCGGAGCGGACAGCUCUGCAUCUUGCUUGUGCAAACGGCCAUGUGGAUGUAGUUACGUAUCUAGUAGAAAACAAGUGUAAGAUAAAUCUUUUUGACAAUGAUAACAGAUCACCACUGAUGAAGGCAGUACAGUGCCAGCAAGAAGAAUGUGUGGCUAUUCUGCUAGAACACGGUGCUGACCCAAAUCUGGCAGACACUGAUGGCAACACUGCCCUUCACCUGGCUGUCCUCUCUGGUAAUACCACUUUAGCAGGGCUGUUGCUUGAGAAUAAUGCCAAUAUUGAUGCCCAAAAUAAGGAGGGAUAUACCCCUCUUAUUCUUGCUAUCUCCGAACAUCAUGAAGAAAUAAUGGAGUUUCUCCUUAAAAAAGGUGCUGACGUGCAUGCUCGAGAUCAAUGUGAAAGAACCCCACUUAUGACUGCUGCUUCUGGUGGAGAGCUUAAUCUGAUAAAAGUUCUUCUUCGGUAUGGUGCUGAUGUUUCCCAUAAAGACACUAAUGGAUGGACAGCUGAGGAUUAUGCUGUUAUUCAUGGAUAUUCUAGUCUUAGUAAACAACUGGCAGAAUAUGCAGACUGGGAAAACACAGGAGAACCUUCUACAGGGGGUGGUGCACAAGGCAUCACAGCACUUGGCACUCCACACCGGGCAGCAGCUGCUGGCUUUACACUGGGUGCACCUGCUGUGGACAGAGGAGGAAUGCAACAAUCUCCUAACCAGACAUCAAGAGCAGGAAAAUCAAGGAAAGCACUAGAUGACUUCUCCCAAGGAGACUCAAUAAGAAGCUCUGAGAAAGAGGGGAGCGAUGACAGUUGGCAUACCUCUGAGGAAGAGGAACUUGAUUUUACCCCCAAGAAGCUGCAGAAGCCAAACCUGACACUGUUAAUGAGUGCUUCACAUCAGUUCAGGAAAAACAAUGAUGGUGAUGGUUCUGGAAUUGAAAGUCCUAAGUCGCCAAAGAAAAGUCUCAAAGAAAAAAUCCCAUCAGCUGCAAAUGUGAACAAAGGAGACAGUGAAGAAUUGUUUAAUCAAGAUGUCUCAGCUGCAAGCAACCUGGAUGAAGAAGAAUUGGAGGAGGAAGAGGAUGAAAAUGACAAUGGAGAUGGUGAUGAAGAUUAUGAGGAGGAAGACGAGGAGGAGGAGGAUGAAGAAGAUUUUACUGAAGAUGAACAGGAGGAGGAAGAGCUGGAAGAUGAAGAAACUCAGUCUAAUGAAAUACUGGAAGAGGAGAAAACAGAACCUAAAGGGGAAAUUAAUCAGAAAUUAGAGUAUUUCAGUAAAGCUAAGCAUGAAGGGGAUGCUCAGUGGGGAACUGGAGAUGUCUGUGAUGAUGACGAAAUAAGUAAGGAACAUGAUGAAAAGGUGGAGGAAUCUGUUGAUAGUCCUGUGUCUUUCAUAGCUGGGUCUUGUGAAAGGCUUCAAGAAAACAAAAUGGCAGUGUCUCCAAAGAUCAUGAAUAAUGAAAUAUCUUGCAAGUCAGUACCAAAACAAGCUGUCUUUCAAAAUCUGAAUAAUCUGCAAGAUACCCAAGAAAGCUGGAAUAGGAAAAGCAUGAUUGAGGAGAAGUGUCACAGAAAUGCUGGCUCCUGUUUUGCGGACUCUGAAAUGACAGACUGGAAAAAAGAGAUACCUCAGCCUCUCUUAGAUAGUUGUAGUCUUAGGGAGAAAAAGUCAAGCUCUAGUGAUGGCUUUGAAAGUGGCAGUAAUUGUUGGUUAGCAGAAAAAACCCCAGGACCUGAAAGUGAAAGAGCAACCUUUGUCAUACUUGAACAUGUGGAUGGUGAAGAUACUGAAGAAGAGGAAUAUGAAGGAAUAGAUGAUAAAGUCUGUAAACCACUGAAACAAGAAAGUGAAAACUUGCACUUAAAUAAGCAAGAAGAAAAUUUGGGAGCAACAUUUCAUUCAAGCACCAAAGAAGAAUCAUCUGAACACAAAGAAGAGGAGAAGGAAGGCUCUGGCAAAAAGCUACAAACUACAGUUGUUGAGGAUGUGAAAAAUUCUGUUCGUAAUGAUAGUCAUGAAGUCCACAAAGCUGCAAAAGACAACUCUGGUGCCCUUCCAACAGUGGGAGCAGAGCAAGAGGAAGAUGCUGAAUCUCCCUGGGAUUCCGAGGUUACGCAGGCAGAUUCUGAAAGUCCAAGAAAAAUAUCGUGUGUUGUGCUGCUCCCAGCUGCAGAGAGACAUGGAGCAUGCUCCCAGAUUGUUUCAGGGGAAAGUGACAAUGGCUUUUUGGACAAACCCAACAAUUCAUGGCUGAAGACUCCCAUAUCUGCUUUGGAAAUGAGCGAAAUGUCUCCUAAAAACAGGCAGCAGAAGUCAGAUCUAUUGCAGGAAUUUGAUUUAGAAGAUGUCGAGGAUAUUGAAGGUGAGUACUCAGGAUCUACUUUCCAUAUAUCAGCAGCAGCUGAAAAAGAAGAUGUUAAGGAUGCCAUUGAAAACUAUGGACUGUGGGAUAAAUAUAUUUUAGAAACUACCAACUUGAUAGAAAAAACAGCACAUGAAAAUCAGACUGACAAAGCAGAAGUUUCACGUCAGGAAGCCCUAACAGAAAAUGAGGAAUCGCAGAGUGCUGACAAGGAGUUAAAUCUAAAACCUUGGGAAGAAAGAUAUGAAAGAAUGUGGGUUGAAAAUGAGAAAAGGGAAUUGAAAACAAAUUUUAAAAACAUUACAGCAGAGCUGAAGCAGUUGUUUCGUGAAAAUGAAGCUGGGAAAACUGCUUCCCUUGUGGAAGAAAUACCAGAAGAUGGCUUUGGUGAAGAAUCGAAGAGUUCUCACAUUAUUUCAUCUCCUGUGACAGAAUCAAGUAAUAAGUUAAAAAGGGAAGGUGAAUUUGGAGAUAUUAAACUUACGUUAGGUGGAAAAGUACCCAAAAUGGAAAUUGUAUUUCCAAGUCAUGGUGUUCUUCCUGAUCAAAAUAGCUUAAAGACAAAUGUAAACAAUACGUGGAAUACAGAUGAAGAAGCUGGCAUUAACAAUAUAGAUAACAGAAAGGUUUCUCUAGCAAAAGGAGAGAAAAAGAAAAUGCCUACUAUGGAAACAGAAGAGAAUGCUAAUGGAAGUAGUAAAAAUGAAGAGGAAGGUCCUGCUUACUCCCUGAGACAUAGCUUAAAAUCAAGUAUUUUGGGUGACAUUUCUAAUAUUCUUCCUAAAAUAAGACCUGUUUGUACAAGUGAUGAAAAUGCACAUUCUGUAACAGAAAUGCAACUUAAAAACUACUCUGAAUUUAAUGAUGAUGUUCCCAGGGACUGCCUUACCACCAGUAAUAUAGGAGAAACAGAAAUUGAAAGUCUUCUCACUAAUGCUCAGGAAUCGUGUGGCAUGCUGGAAAGGAGUCUUGAUGAAGAGCUAAAACGAGAUAUGGAGAGAUUUAAGAGUAAGGUAGGAAUGCUGCAAACAGUAUUCCUGGCUUUGGAGAAAGAGAAGGUACAGCUGCAAAAAGAGGUUGAGAAGGAAAAAAGCAAAGAAAGAUGUUUCAAUACGCAGACAGUGGCAAAAGAGGAAAUUGUUGAUAAAUUAAAUACACCACUGGGUAACAUUACUGAUCAGCAAAUGAAAGAAAAGCUUACGCUGAGGAAGAAUGAAUGUUUGAAAAUGGAGGAUGAAAGCACUACAGAAGAAAGAGUCAACAAGAACUUUUCACCUGAGGAGAGUGAAUUUGCCCUGAAUCCCGAAGUUGCAAGGAAAAAUAAAGGACAGACUUCAAAGCAGAAGGCUAAUCAGCAGAUGUGCUCUUCCAGGGGGAAUAAUUUUCAAGUACUGGAUAGUAGCACUUUCAGUGAAACAUCUCAAGGGGAAGGAAGACCUGCAGCAAAAACAGCGAGUGGAAAGAACAAGGUUGGCGUACAAAUGGAUGCAACUGAUGACCUUGAUUUGACUCACUCAUCUGACACAAGUUCAGAAGAUGUCGAAUUACCAACAUCCACCUACAAAGAGGCUAUGUUGCUCUUAGAACAGCUUCCUGUGGAUCAUACAGGUUCUGCUAUUUUACUGAAAAUUCAAAGCAUACUUCUUAAAUAUGAACAAAUAAUAGAGCAUGAAAAAAAUCGGUAUGCAGCAGUCUGGAGAGAAGUAAGAAAAUUGGAAAGUGAAAAGCAGGAAUCAAAAUUAAGAGCGGAAGAGACUCAAGAUUUGAAAUCCAUAUUGGCUCAUCAAGAAGUGGAAUGGAAAAGUGAUAUCCAAAGUCUUAAAUUUACUUUGAAACAAGAAGAAGAAAAGAGGCUCAGAAUAGAAACACUAUAUGAGAAAACAAGAGAAAAACUCAGAAGGAAAGAAGAGCAAUACUGUAAAGAGAUGGAGGAGAAACAGCAACUUGAGUUACAAUCAAGGAAUUUAGAAAUGGAGUUAGUAACAAUGAGAAAGCUCUUCAAACAGGUUGAAGACGAGCGUGAUGAAACACAGAGACAGCUCUCUCAGGAAAAGAGUGCCAGAGCCCUGCAAGAAGGCAUUUUGAACAACCAUCUUUGGAGACAAAAAGAACUAGAAGAAGAGACAAGAAGAACUAUAGGAAAAAGUUCAGAUGAAUCCGACACUGAGAGAGAAAAGGAUCUGUUGUACAAAAAUCAGUUACUGCAAGAUGAGAUUGCCAUGCUAAGACUAGAACUUGAUCAAAUAAGACUUAGGCACCAGGAGGAAGAAGGAAAAUUUUUAGAGGAAAAUGAGACCUUGAAAGAAAAAAACGAAGAUCUCAAAAAGGAACUUAAACUGAAUGAGGAAGCUUUAACACAAACAGUUUUUCAGUACAAUGGACAGCUGAACUUACUAAAGACAGAAUCCACAAUGCUAACUUCCAAACUUGAGCAGACAAAAGAAAGCAAAGACAGACUAGAGACAGAAAUUGAAUCAUUUCGUUCCCGCUUGAACACUGCUGUUCAAGAACUUGAACGUCACCAGUCAGCAAAAAGUGAUGUCGAACGAACGUUUCAGAGGGAACGUGACGAAUGGCUUCGUUUGCAAGACAAGCUCCAUCAUGACCUCUCAGAUGUGCGAGAAGCCAGCAAGAGCUUGUCUCAGCAGCUGAGUAAAGCUGAAAGCAAAGCUAAUAGUCUAGAAAAUGAGCUUCACCAGUUAAGACAAACGCUCAGAGAAAAAACAUUGCUUUUAGAAAUGACACAAAAAGAAUUAAGUCAAACCCAGUGUCAGGCAAAGGAAUACGAUCAUGCUCGACAACUGGAGAAAGACCAAGCAAACAAACUUAUAAUAAAGCAGGAAUCCAUGCAGGAACGAUUGGCCCAGCUCCAGAGUGAAAACCUUUUGCUCCGUCAGCAGCUGGAAGAUCUGCAGAACAGGGGGAUCAUCAAAGAAAAAGUAGUGAAUGAUGUGCAAGAUCGGUUUAAUGAUAUUUUCAACAAACUCAGAGCUGAUACUGAAAAGCAAGUUUACCUAGUAGAAGAGAGAAACAAGGAAUUAAAUGCCAAGUGUAUUGAUUUAAGAGAACAAGUCUUCAAGUAUGAGACUGACAAAAUAGAGAGAGAGGGCAUGAUCAGACAGCUGCAGCAGGAGCUUGCUGAUGCUCUUAAAAAGCAGUCUAUGUCAGAAGCUUCACUCGAAGUUACUACGCGCUACCGCAGUGACCUGGAGGAAGACAAGCUGUGCUUGCAAAAGGAAUUGGAAAAGGCUAAAACCAAGUUGCGGGAGAUGGAACAAAAGUUUCUUCAGUCAGAGUGUUGUAUUAAUGACUUGAAGAUUGCCUUGGAUAAGAAGGAAAGAGAAGCAACAGCUUCUGCCCAGAAACUGCAGGACCAGCUGUUGGCAUCUUCUGAGACUAACACUACUAUAAAACAACUGGAAGAACAUGUGCAACACCUUGAAAUUGAAAACACCAGAUUGGAAGCCACUGUCCAGCAACAAAGCAACAGGAUUGAAGCCCUUCAGAGAGACCUGCAAGCCUCUGCCUCAGUUCAUAACCGCCUGGAAGACUUGAUAACGAGCUUACAGACAGCACAGGCAGCUGCAGAAGACCACCACAAACAGGUACAAAAGCAGAAUGUGCUGGCUCUGACAUCAAAGGACUUGCAGAACAUGUGGGAAGAGCAAUUUAAGUCAAGAUCCAACCUCGAGGAGCGUGUUGCUCAACUUGACAGGGAAAAGGCAGAUCUCUUUGAGCAGUGUGAGAGUGAAAGAAAGAAAGUGAAGAAACUGGUAGAGUUGAAACGCCCAGUUGAACUCCGUCUGGACCAAGAAAUGAGAAGAAACUUAGAACUGCAGAAAGACUUCAAGAGGUUGAAGAGACUUCUCAGUAGAGCAACGAAGAAAAUAAGGAUGUAUGAGGAGAGAGAAGUGGAGUCACAGCUUAAUUUGAAGGGAGAAAUGAAGAGCAGAUAUUCUGAAAUGGUCAGUGAAGUUGAUAGAUUGAGAACAAAGGUUGCUGAACUUUCCCAGCAACUGGACACAGAGUCUAAAAAAAGCAUGCAGCUAGAAGCACAAAAUCGAGAUUUGCGAGAAGAGCUGUCUACCCUGCAUGGGAACUGUGAAAAACUGGAGAAGAGCAAAUGCCAGCUGAAAGAAGAGGUGGCAAAACUCCAACAUCACUUGCAGACUAACAUGGUGGAUCACAACCAAAUAGAACAGUAUAAAAGAGAGGUUGAUGAACGAGCAGGCCAAGAAAUAAGACAAAAACUACAAGAAGUCAAUCUGUUUUUGCAAGCACAGGCAGCCUCCCAGGACAGACUAGAACACAUCAGAGCCAGUCAUCAUGCUUCACUGAGAAACCAGCUAAAAGACAGAAUUAGAGAUCUUGAAUGUGAAUUGGACAAGAUAAAAAAUGCCCAACAAGAGAGUACUUCUCCAAAAGAAUGUGCACAGGCAGAAGUGGAAAAGUACAAGGACCUGUACCUGGAGGAAGUGAAAACUAGACGAUGCCUAGGAAAGAAACUGGAAAGAGCUAAUGAGAGACUUGAAGAAGCCAACGCUAAGCUCCUCCGGGAGCGCCAUAAAAGCAAAUCUUUAAUCACAAGCAGCAUUGUUAGCGGAGGUCUGGCUGCAACUCCAGUUCUGUAUUCAACUGCACUCGGACAUCUUGGCAACAAUUUGGGACUGAACAGAAGUCUCAGUCUAGGAGGAAGCUUCCUAAGGCAAAGUGAGAACACAUUAUCCUCAAGAAACAGGGUUGCAGCCUUUGUGGCCAAGGUACAACAGGAACUGGAUGAAAAAAUCACUAAGGAACUCAAAGAAGCCACUGCUGAACUUGAAACUGGAUGUGCUGGAUCUUCAAAAAACCUUCAUGUGGACCAGGAUCCCCUUAGCAGAGCAAUAGAGGAAUACCGUGAUGUUUUAACCAAAAAUUACAUUAUUUGACAGAAAUGCUAUGGAAAGGCUCUGGACAUACUUUGUUUUUACAGAGCAUCUAUAGUUUCCCUUUUCCCUGGUUCAGAUGUAAAAACAUGUUCGUUGCAGUCUGAAUAUAAACUCUAAGUCUAUUAAAUGGAUGUCAAGCCCAGUGCACUCAUCUGUUGGGGUUUUUUCUGCAUAGCUGGCUUCUUUUGCACUCAUAGUAAGAACCACAUCCAUUUUUUCUGACCAGGAGAUUGGCUUAUCUGGAUUCUUGAGCUUGACAAAACUGUCAGAAAUGUUUCCUAUUACAGUAGCUUCAUUAUGUUGCUCCACUCAUGUUCUGUGUUUUAACAAAAGCAUUCCCUUUGUUCUGUUUAAUCCUUUCACUCAAAAUGUUUGUAAGUUCUUCAGUGUUACUUCAAUGCUUAGGACAUCAUUUGAUGUGCUUUGAGCCCAGUGCUUCAGUCCUGAUGCAGUGACUAAUUUCUGCUAAUUAACUUAUAGUGGUGUUAAAGCUGGAGAAAAGGGCACUUCAUAUUGUUGUCACUUUAUGCGAUGUAGAUUUAAAAUGACUCUGUAUAGUAGUGCUAAGACUUGUUUCAUGGUCUUUUUGGUAUGUUUAUUUUGUAUCACAGAAUGAGUGAGGUUGGAAGGGACCUCUGGAGGCUAUUUGUUCCAGCCCUCCUGCUCCAGGAGGACCACCUUUAGCUAUUUUCCCAGAUCUGUAUUGGCUUUUGAAUUCCUUCAGGAAUGGAGAUUCCAAAGCCUCCAUGGGCAACCUGGCCUCAUGAUCAAUCACUGUCACAAUACACUUGAAUAUCAUGAGGGAUAUUCAAACUCAGUACCUCUUAUGGUGUUGAUUUCUGUAUUAAAAAUUGCAGCUUCAGACUUUUGCAGCUCUUGCAUCAACACCUGUGGUACACCUGAAAACACUUCCAGUGGGAGGGGGGAAGAAAGGAACAUUAAUAUUAUCAACUUUCCUCAGUACUCUCCAGAACUUGUGUGAUAGGAUAGCCAAUCUCUUUGUUGCUGCUAGCAGCUGAUGAUAUGGUGUCAGUAGCACAGAUGUGGUGGAAAAUUGAUAGCAACCAUAUAAGCAGUUUCACUUAUUUCAGGGAGUUAGCAGUUUUUAAUUAAGAUGUGAGUUGUCAGUUCCCAUCGGCAAAAGUCACCAGCAUGGAACACCAGUAUAGAACAAAGUCCCAGAUCUGGAAAAGUGAGAAUGAUUGUACUGAGAUGAAUCAAGACUGAAAGAAUUUUAGGGUUUUACCAGGUAUUUCAAGGACUUAACAGGGAGUGAGAAAAGCAUUGAAGGCUGCUGUGACACUCUUUAUAAGAAUACAUUUUUGUGAAGCUAUUACACUGUAUUUAAUUGAAUUUGAUAUUUAAUAAACUUUGCAAUCUAGGA